UUCGCUGGGCGCACGGCGGGGCGCGGAGCCUUGUGCGGGACGCGCGAUGGUGGCGCCGACCCCCUCGGCCGGAGCCCGCUGAGCGCGCCGUCCCCACCCUGCGCGGUGCGUGUCGAGCCCGCGGAGCAGCAUGGAGUGCGCCCUGGACGCCCAGAGCCUCAUCGCCCUCUCCCUGCGCAAGAUCCACAGCUCCCGGACCCAGCGCGGGGGCAUCAAACUGCACAAGAACCUGCUGGUCUCCUACGUGCUCCGCAACGCCCGCCAGCUCUACCUGAGCGAACGCUACGCCGAGCUCUACCGGCGCCAGCAGCAGCAGCAGCAGCAGCAGCAGCAGCAACAACCUCCGCAGCAGCAACAGCAGCAGCAGCAACCGUACCCGACCGGCGUUGGUUGCGCCCCGAGCUCUCCCGGGGAGAUGGCGGAGUUCGGUCCCCUCCAACUUCCCGGGGAGGAGCGCGAGCCGGGGGCCCUGCACCAGCUCCACCACCAUCACCACCACCAUCACCACCACCUCCAGCAGCAGCAGCAGCAGCAGCAGCAGAUGCACCAGCGGAGCUGCACGGUCGGUGCACCCGGGGGAGGAGGAGGAGGAGGCGGCGGCGGCGGCGGAGAGCCCUCGGAGCUCGGGUGCAACGCGCUGCUGGGCGGUGCGCCCCACCGGAGUGAAGCCCCGCAGCAGCCGGCCUCCCCUGCCCAUUGCACUCGGGACCUUUCCUCCUCCUCCUCCUCCCCUUCCUCCUGCGUGGCCUCCCGCUCGUCCCCGGCCUUCUACCGGGGCGGUGGAGGCUGCUGCGCCCCGGCCGGCCUCUACCCCCUCUCCUCGGACGCCUCCGGAGGGACCUUGCACUGUAGCAGCCGGACCACCGUGCUGGAUCUGGACACGCAUGUGGUGACCACGGUGGAGAACGGCUAUUUGCACCAAGAUUGCUGCGCCUCGGCGCCUUGCCCCUGCUGCUGCGGUGGCGUCGGCCAAGGCCCCUCGGGCACCAAGCGCAAGUACUACCCGGGACAGGAGGACGAGGAGGAGGACGAGGACGAGGAGGAGGGUGGGGAGCUGGGGCAUCCCCCCGGGGGCGGGCCCCCCUUCGCCCCGUGCAAGCGCGCCCGCUUCGAGGACUUUGGCCCGGACUCGUCCCCGGACGCUUCCAACAUCUCAAACUUGAUCUCUAUCUUCGGCUCGGGCUUCACGGGGCUGGUCAGCCGGCAGCCCGACCCGGACCAGACCCUCAACGGCCAGCUGUGCGGCAAGCAGGCCCUCGCCAGCCUGGGAGCCUGGACUCGAGCCAUCGUGGCUUUCUAGGGACCCCCGGGGGGGCGACCUGGGGGGUGGACACACACACUUAGGGGCUCCGG